AAGCGAGCCAGCACGGUGCUUUCCCGGCACCUGGGGGGCGGCGGGAAGAUGGCGUGCGGCCAAGGGCGCACGCCCCCUGCUGGGCAAAGUGGAUCCGGGACCCAGGGAGGGCCGCCCCCCGGGCCUGGUGGUGCUGAGCAGGGCCCCUCAGCCCCCACCUUCUGUCUCACGACAUGAACCUCCUCUACCGAAAAACCAAGCUGGAGUGGAGGCAGCACAAGGAGGAGGAGGCCAAGAGGAGCUCCAGUAAGGAAGUGGCGCCUGCAGGCCCAGUGGGGCCCGGGGCUGGCCCAGGGCCUGGGGUUCGAGUUCGGGACAUCGCCUCUCUGCGCCGCUCCCUCAGGAUGGGCUUCAUGACAAUGCCAGCCUCCCAGGAGCACACCCCCCAUCCCUGCCGCAGCGCGAUGGCCCCUCGCUCUCUCUCCUGCCACUCCGUGGGCAGCAUGGACAGUGUGGGGGGUGGGCCUGGUGGAGGUGGCGGGGGUCUUACCGAGGACAGCAGCACACGAAGACCCCCAGCCAAGCCCCGGAGACACCCCAGCACCAAGCUCAGCAUGGCAGGGCCCGGCACAGAGACGCCCCCUAGCAAGAAGGCAGGCUCACAAAAGCCAGCCCCAGAGAGCCAAGAGUCUAGCCGGAAAGUUCCUCCACAGAAGCCCAGGCGAAGCCCCAACACUCAGCUCUCUGUCUCCUUUGAUGAGUCCUGCCCCCCAGCCCCCUCUCCUCGAGGGGGGAACCUGCCCCUUCAGCGCCUCAGUAGAGGGUCCUGCAUUGCUGGGGACCCUGAGGUGGGUUCCCAAGAAGAAGAGCCAGUGUACAUUGAGAUGGUGGGGGAUGUCUUCAGGGGAGGAGGGAGAAGUGGAGGGGGCCUGACUGGUCCCCCUCUUGGGGGUGGGGGCCUGACCCCUCCAGCUGGCGCUGACUCAGACUCAGAAGAGAGUGAGGCCAUAUACGAGGAGAUGAAAUAUCCGCUGCUUGAAGAGGCAGGGGAAGGCCGGGCCAACGGGGCCCCUCCACUGACUGCCACCUCCUCGCCACACCAGCCUCAUGCCCUCCAGCCCCACAUUCACCACCGUCCAGCCUCAGCCCUCCCAAGUCGGAGGGAGGGGACACCCACCAAGACCACACCUUGUGAAAUCCCCCCACCUUUCCCCAACCUCCUUCAGCAUCGUCCUCCACUUCUGGCCUUCCCUCAGCCCAAGUCUGCUUCCCGAACCCCUGGCGAUGGGGUCUCGAGGCUACCAGUCCUCUGCCACUCCAAGGAGCCAGCAGGCUCCACCCCAGCUCCCCAAGUGCCUGCCCGAGAGCGGGAGACGCCUCCCCUACCGCCUCCGCCUCCUGCUGCCAACUUGCUGCUGCUGGGACCCUCGGGCCGGGCCCGGAGCCACUCAACACCGCUGCCACCCCAGGGCUCUGGCCAGCCCCGGGGGGAGCGGGAGCUCCCCAACUCCCACAGCAUGAUCUGCCCCAAGGCAGCAGGGGCGCUGGCAGCCCCUCCUGCCCCGGCCACCUUGCUCCCUGGCCCCCCCAAGGACAAGGCUGUGUCUUACACCAUGGUGUACUCAGCAGUCAAGGUGACCACCCACUCCGUCCUGCCAGCUGGGCCUCCCUUGGGUGCUGGGGAGCCAAAGACAGAGAAAGAGAUCUCAGUCCUUCAUGGGAUGCUGUGCACCAGCUCGAGGACCCCUGUUCCUGGGAAAUCCAGCCCCCACAGCGGAGCCAUGGGUGCAGCAGCUGGGGUUCUCCACCACCGAGGCUGCCUGGCCUCCCCACACAGCCUUGCGGACCCAACUGCAGGCCCCCUGACCCCUCUCUGGACCUACCCAGCCUCAGCGGCUGGGCUUAAGAGACCCCCUGCCUAUGAAAGCCUCAAGGCUGGGGGGGUGCUGAAUAAGGGCUGUGGAAUGGGGGCCCCAUCCCCCAUGGUCAAGAUCCAGCUGCAGGAACAAGGGACUGAUGGGGGUGCCUUUGCCAGUAUCUCCUGUGCCCACGUCAUCGCCAGUGCAGGAACACCAGAAGAGGAAGAAGAGGAGAUGGGCACUGCAACAUUUGGGGCAGGCUGGGCUCUGCAGCGGAAAGUCCUGUAUGGAGGAAGGAAAGCAAAAGAAUUGGACACAGAGGUUGAGGACAAUGCCCGGUCCUGGAAUGGCAGUGCCGAGGGUCCAGCCAAGGUGGAGCGUGAGGACAGGGGUCCUAUGACAUCAGGGAUCCCAGUGAGGAGCCAGGGGGCAGAGGGCCUGCUCACCAGGAUCCACCAUGGAGUGGACCGAGGAGGGAGUCGCACCGCGCUGCCCACACCCUGCCAGACCUUUCCAGCCUGCCACCGAAAUGGAGACUUCACAGGAGGCUACCGCCUGGGGCGCUCUGCCUCCACCUCUGGAGUCCGGCAGGCCGUGCUCCACACUCCUCGGCCCUGCAGCCAGCCCCGGGAUGCCCCAAGCCAGACCCACCCUGCGCUGCCGCUGCCGCUGCCCCUGCAGCCCCAGCCGGCCCGAGAGAGAGAGCGCGACGGCAAGCUGCUGGAGGUGAUCGAGCGCAAGCGCUGCGUGUGCAAGGAGAUCAAGGCGCGCCACCGCCCCGACCGGGGCCUCUGCAAGCAGGAGAGCAUGCCUAUCCUCCCCAGCUGGAGGCGGGGGCCGGAGCCCCGCAAGUCCGGCACUCCUCCCUGCCGCAGGCAGCACACCGUCCUCUGGGACACUGCCAUCUGAGGAAGGCGGGAGGCCAGGGCACUGGGACUGGGGAACGGGGCGGGCUCUCUGAGAGACUUGCCUUGAAAGAGGGACAAUGGAACCAGGUGAGAGAGAGCCAGGGAGAACCCCUGCCCUCCAUCCUAACCCUCGGAGAUGGGGAAUCGGCCAGGCCUAUCGGGCUUGGGACGCCAGCAGCACCCCCAGAAGUUUAGGGGGGACAGAGGGUUUGCUUGAAGUUGGGAGUGAGGCCCUUGCUGCUCGGGUCGUCCUGAGAGGGCAAAGGCCAAGCCAGAGGUCAGCAUGGGGGAGGAGGGAUGGGGAACGGGGUCCAUUACAGGAGAGGGACUAAAGAGUGAUAAGUGAAGGAGCUCUUAUAGAGUCGGGUAUUGGGGAGGGCAUAUUUAUUUUGUUAUUUAUUUUAGUUUAGAGGGCAAUUCUGAGCCCUCUGACCUACUCCUGAGCAGGGGGUUGGGAGAAGUUAGCAAUUAAGGGAACCACUUUUGCACUCUCCCGAAUGCCUAGAGGCCCCACCAUCCAUGCCUGCCCCAAAGCUAGGGAUUGGUCUGGAGGGCAGCAGAUACAUUUACAAUAUUUACAAGUCAGAAUUGGGUAGUGAGCGUGGCCUGCUGUGAAACAGGCAUCUUAUUUAGCU